AUGUCGCAGUCCACUUCAAUAACAAAGUUCAGUAUUAACCGGUCCAACAGCCUUUCAGGCUCUCUCGAAGACAUCAUACCACCCAGUCAUUCCGAUAGGACCUUGGUUUUGUGUUUUGAUGGGACCGGGGACCAAUUUGACAGUGAUAACUCCAAUGUCGUGAAUUUCUUUUCUACACUGAAGAAAGAUGAUCCCAAGGAGCAAUUGGUGUAUUACCAAUCGGGCAUUGGGACAUAUGCGAUUCCUGAGGUGGCUUCGCCCAUUACUGCCAAGAUUACCAAGGUCGUUGAUAGUAUGAUUGGCAUUCACCUCGACGCUCACGUCAUGUCUGGAUAUGAGUUUCUAAUGCAGAAUUAUGAAGCCGGGGAUAAGAUUUGUUUAUUUGGGUUCUCCCGUGGGGCAUACACUGCCCGAGCGUUGGCCGGAAUGUGCACUUUCCAGGUCGGACUACUGCCUAGAGCGAAUCAUCAACAAGUGCCGUUUGCUUACAAAAUGUAUUCCCGAGAAGAUGAAACGGGAUGGAAGCAAAGCGCCGCAUUCAAAAAGGCUUUUUCUAUCGACGUUGACAUUUAUUUUCUCGGUGUUUGGGAUACCGUUGGUGCUGUAGGGAUAUUCCCUCGCCGUCUUCCUUUUACCACGUCCAACGUCCAUGUCAAGCAUUUCCGUCACGCCCUUGCUCUGGAUGAGCACCGGAUACGAUUCUUACCGGCAUUUUGGCACCGUACAUGCUCCGUGCAACAUAAAUUAGGACUGCAAAAAGGCGAGAUGCCUAGAUCCCAUUCUACUCGUGUUAAAUCGCUGAGGGAACUCGAAUCGGAGUACGAUCGUGUACAUGCCGAUACGCCGACAGACGUGGAAGAGGUGUGGUUCGCUGGGUGUCACUGCGAUGUUGGAGGAGGUGCGGUAGCCAAUGAAGUUCGGCAUAACCUCGCACGAAUACCGUUGAGGUGGAUGAUUCGGCAAUGUUUCCUAGUCAAUACGGGAAUCAUGUUCCACUGUGAGCUGUUGAAGCGUCUGGGGAUGGAACCGACGCAUCUGCAUCCCGUUGUUCCCCCUCGGCCGGCCAUGGAUACUGUUGCGAAGCCGCUUUAUGCUACCAAUGAAGAAGAAGAAGACUUGCUCGACGCGCUAUGUCCUAUAUACGACGAGCUAAAAAUAGCCCCUGGCUGGUGGAUUCUUGAACUCAUUCCUACAAAACUGCGAUAUCAGAAGGGUGAUAAUACAUGGGCGAAGGCGAUCACGAUGAAUAGAGGUCGACCUCGGCAUAUACCUAGGCAGUAUCAGGAAGGCUUCAAGGUCCACAGAACGGUCAAGCUGAGGAUGGAGGCGGAGAGUUUGGAGGGAGGUAAAUAUUUUCCGCGGCCACGAUGGUCUGUUGAGCCUACGUGGGUUGAUUGA